AUGGCCUCUGGAUACGGCUUGAACGGGGGCCCGUCCCGAUGCUUUCCCUUCUGGCAGGAGCUUCUCUCCUGUUACGUUGUCAACAGCUCCGAUGAAGACGCCUCGGGCAAGAAGAAGUGCGUGCCCGCCAUGGAGGACUACUAUGAAUGCCUACACCACAGGAAGGAGGCUGCGAGAGUGAAGAUGCUACAGGCUGCUUACCGACAAUCCGAGGCCAAGAAACUGCAGGAGAACCCCCCAACGGCUGGCCAAAUACGGAAUCUCGGGUUGUUAGACAAGGAGGACGACACCAAGAAGGUACUGGGGACGAACUAG